UUUAUGUAACUUGACAAAAUUACCCCACUUUUGACGCACCCUAUAUAAAAACCUAAACCCUAAGUCGCACCUCGCUUGCUGCAACUCUUCACUCGUAUCGCACUCAGAACCGCCGCUGCCAUUUUUGCUGUGAGUGUCUUGAAUUUGUAAGGAUGGUGAGAGUUAGUGUCCUAAACGACGCCCUUAAGAGCAUGUACAAUGCUGAAAAGAGGGGGAAAAGACAGGUCAUGAUUAGGCCAUCUUCAAAAGUUAUCAUCAAGUUCCUUAUGGUUAUGCAAAAGCAUGGUUAUAUCGGUGAGUUUGAGUACGUCGAUGACCACAGAUCUGGUAAGAUCGUGGUUGAGUUAAAUGGACGCUUGAACAAAUGUGGGGUUAUCAGUCCUCGUUUUGAUGUUGGUGUCAAGGAAAUCGAGCCCUGGACUGCAAGACUUCUUCCAUCUAGACAGUUUGGUUACAUUGUGUUAACCACAUCGGCUGGAAUCAUGGAUCAUGAAGAAGCUAGGAGAAAGAAUGUUGGUGGUAAGGUGCUCGGUUUCUUCUACUAAGGCUUUUGAGAUUUGAGGGAUUUUCCUUGAAAAUUUCAUAUUAGGGUAGAGAGUGAACGGAGUCAUGUUUAUGUUUUGAGAUUGGAUUUUGUUUAACGGGAUCAUGAUUUGUGUUGAUUCGUCAUUUUGGGUUUUGGUUUUUGGAUUCUGCUAUAAUGUGUUUUCAUACUACUUGUGUAUGCUUGCAA